CACUGUUGCAAGCUGCUCGCAUAAAAAGCAAACACUUAACAAGGAAGAAACACACUCAUCUCUUCACGCCCCCUAAAUUUUUAAUUUUUAUCUUUCUGUUUUUUUUGGGUUUAGGCUUGAUAUUUGCUUUUAGAAUCGUUUUCAGUGUCUCAGAUCUCUCUAAGUGUUUAAGACAAUUUCAGGUCCUGUUUCUGGGAAUUUUCAUUUUUUUUUUCCACUUUUCUGAGAUCACACAUUCACUUUUCUUUUUUUUCUCUUUGUAUCGCCAUUUAUAUGUUUAACUGUUGCAAAGUGUUCUGUCUGAGCAAGAGAUGGUGAGAAUCUCACUGCUUUUGUUGUGUCUACUGGUUUCAACUCUUCUCUUCACUUCCUCAUCAGCCCAACAAGCUCCAGCUUUUGUGAGCUUGGAUUGUGGAGGUACAGAGCCAUUCACUGAUGAACUUGGACUUAAAUGGUCACCUGAUAACCAUCUUAUCUAUGGAGAAACCGCAAACAUAUCGACCUCCUUUAACGAAACAAGAACACAGUACACGACUUUGAGGCACUUCCCUGCUGAUUCAAGAAAAUACUGCUACAACCUCAGUGUCAUAAGCAGGAACCGGUACCUCCUCAGAGCCACUUUCCUGUACGGCGACUUCGACCACAACAAUGUGUACCCCAAAUUCGACAUCUCCCUAGGAGCCACUCAUUGGGCGAACAUUGCCAUCUCCGAGGCCUCGACGAUUGAAAUGGCGGAGCUGGUGUUUCUUGCUACGAGUUCCAGUGUCAGCGUCUGUCUGUCGAAUGCCACGACGGGUCAGCCGUUUAUCUCCACCCUUGAGCUUAGGCAGUUGAAUGGCUCGAUGUAUACGACCGACUUCGAGGACCGGUUUUAUCUGAGUGUCGCUGCACGGAUAAACUUCGGUGCAGAAAGUGAAGAUCCAGUGAGGUAUCCUGAUGAUCCGUUUGAUAGAAUAUGGCAAUCUGAUCUGCUGAAGAAGGCUAACUAUCUGGUGGAUGUUGCUGCUGGGACCGUACGAGUGUCGACCACGUUGCCAAUCGAAGGCUAUGCAGAUGACUUACCGCCUCAGAAGGUUAUGCAGACGGCAGUGGUGGGGACAAACGGGUCUUUGACUUACAGGAUGAAUCUUGAAGGCUUCCCUGGUUUUGGUCGGGCGUACACAUACUUUGCUGAGAUCGAGGAUUUGGCCGAGGACGAGUCGAGGAAGUUCAGAUUAGUUCUACCAGAUCACCCUGAGAUAAGCAAAGCCAUUGUUAACGUCAAGGAGAAUGCUCAGAGAGCGUACCGGACCUACGAGCCUGGCUUUAAUAAUCUAACCCUUCCGUUUGUGUUGAACUUUCGGUUUGCCAAAACCGCUGAUUCUUCUAGGGGACCUAUUCUGAAUGCCAUGGAGAUCAGCAAGUAUCUCAAGAAAAGCGAUGGUUCGAUAGACGCUACUGUUAUGGCUAAUAUAGCAUCUCUGUAUUCAUCAACUGAAUGGGGACAAGAAGGCGGCGAUCCAUGUUUGCCCUCGCCGUGGUCGUGGGUGGAAUGUAAUUCGGAUCCACAACCAAGAGUUGUUGCAGUAAAGCUGUCGAAUAUGAACUUGACCGGGAAUAUACCUUCUGACCUGGCGAAGCUGACUGGUUUGGUUGAGUUAUGGCUCGACGGGAACUCUUUUACCGGUCCAAUACCGGAUUUCUCUCGAUGCAUAAACCUGGAGAUAAUACACCUCGAGAACAACCAGCUAACCGGAAAGAUCCCUUCGUCGUUGGCAAAACUCCCAAAUCUUAAGGAAUUGUACCUGCAGAAUAAUUUGUUAUCUGGAAAAAUACCAUCAGUGGCCGAAAACGUGAUCUCGAACUUCUCUGGGAACAUUUAUCUUUCGAAACGUGGAGAUAAAGGGAAGAAGCUCGGUGUGAUCAUCGGUGCAUCAAUAGGUGCUGCUGUUCUGCUAAUCGUCACCAUCGUUUCUUGCAUCUGCAUGUGCAGAGGGAAGAAGAACAACAAGAUGAGGAAAACUUCUGCGGAGUUAACGAAUCGUACCUUGCCUGUUCAAAGAGUGUCAUCUACUUUGAGUGAAGCUCAUGGAGACGCUGCGCACUGCUUCACACUUUAUGAGAUUGAGGAAGCCACAAAGAAAUUCGAGAAGAGAAUUGGCUCGGGAGGAUUUGGAAUCGUAUACUACGGGAUAACAAAAGAAGGGAAAGAGAUUGCUGUAAAAGUUCUUGCAAAUAACUCAUACCAGGGAAAGAGAGAGUUCGCAAACGAGGUCACGUUACUCUCAAGGAUACAUCACCGGAACCUUGUGCAGUUUCUUGGGUAUUGCCAAGAAGAAGGAAGAAACAUGCUUGUGUACGAGUUCAUGCACAACGGGACGUUGAAGGAGCAUCUUUACGGCGUUGUACCGCGUGACAGGAGAAUCAGUUGGAUUAAACGGCUUGAGAUAGCUGAAGAUGCAGCCCGAGGUAUGGUGAAACCUUCACAAAAACAAGAUAGAAACCUUUCUUGGUACUAUAUAUCGCAACAGUUAACGGAGAAGAGUGACGUAUAUAGCUUCGGCGUCAUCCUUCUUGAGCUUAUCUCCGGACAAGAAGCCAUAUCCAAUGAGAACUUCGGUGUUAACUGCCGGAACAUAGUCCAAUGGGCCAAGAUGCAUAUAGACAACGGGGACAUACGUGGGAUCAUCGAUCCAGCGCUAGCGGAAGACGAUUACAGUCUGCAGUCGAUGUGGAAGAUCGCGGAGAAGGCGUUGCUGUGUGUGAAACCGCACGGGAACAUGAGACCGUCGAUGUCGGAGGUGCAGAAGGAUGUUCAAGACGCGAUUAGGAUCGAGAAGGAGGCGUUGGCCGCGAGAGGCGGGAUAUCGGACGAGUUUUCCCGGAGCUCGGCGCACUCGUCGUCUCUCAACAUGGGGACGACGUACGACCUGGCUGGAUCGCAGAACUAUGUCUCCAUUGAUGAUUCUGUCUUGCAGCCAACACCUCGGUAGUAGUAACAUUCGGCGGCGGCUUUGUACAGAUGUCGUCUGGUUUCUUUGAUUUUUCUUAGUUUUUGAGCUAUAACACUACAUUUUCCAAUUUUUUUGGAGACUCGAGCUUUACAAGAAAUGCUUCGAGCUGGGUUUUUGGUUUUGGUUUUUAUUUUUAUUUUUAUUUUUUCACUUCCUUCAGUCUUUUAAUUUGGGAUUGUGAAUUAUUAUGUUUUCAUUUAAAUGGUUUUUACAUUUUCGACUGAUUAUGGUAGUGUGGAAAACACAAACGCCAAAUACAGAGCAAGAAUUCUUAAAUUCAGAGUACAGUAGUUUAAGUUGUUUUUCUUUUUUGCUUUUCUAAAUUAUCUGCAUUUGUAUCAAAAUGAUUAUUUGAUUUUAAAUACGAAUUUGUGUAUACGCUGUAUUAAAUUUAACAAAAUCA